AUGGCGUCUGCAUCAGAUUUCACAAAGAAACCUCAUUUUCUAGUGCAAGAUCCAACUUCAAUAAUCCCACAAAUUCGAAGUAAGUCCCACUCAAAUUCCCUCUGUAAAUCCUUCAUAAUAAUUCUUGUUCUGGCUGCUAUUCCACUGUUUCCUUCACAAGCUCCGGAGUUCAUUAGUAAAAGCAUUUUUUCCGAGUUCUGGGAAAUUAUACACCUUCUUUUCAUUGGCAUUGCUCUUUCCUAUGGCCUGUUUUGUAGAAAAAGUACCCAAUUGGAAACUGAGAAUGUUUAUUCAAGAAAUGAUGGUUUUAAUGCUUAUUUAGAUGGGUUUUUGAAUGUGCCUUCGGUUUUCGAAGAUGGAUUUGAAAAUAUACGUGGCUCUGAUGAGAAAAAUAUGAUGCGAAGUAUAAAAAAUCGAUCUUUUGUUGUAUCAGAAAAUGGGGUUGAAAGCAUAUAUCAGGGUAGUGGGAAACAGGGCCCACACACUUGGAAUUAUAGGUAUCUUGAAGGUGAAUCCACUGUGGUUGUAGAAGAUAGGAAAUAUUUUAUUGAUGAAAGCAUUGAAUAUAAACCCUUGAACUUGCCUAUUAGGAGUCUGAGAUCAAGAAUUGUGGAUAAUGAUAAGCCUGAAUUGGUUAAUGGAAGUAAGACUACUCCAAGUUCUGAGGGUAAGAAUACUGAUAAAGUUAAAGUUCAGAAGAUUAGAGGUGUUGUUCCUCAAAAUUUGGAGAAGAAGUUUGCAAAAGCUGCUGGACAACCACCAUCGAUCCCCUGGCGCUCAAGGUCUCAAAGAAAGGAAAUGAGAGAAGAAAUGAGUAACCGUGAGCCUGUCACGCGUACUAGGCCUCCCUCAGUUGGGGAAUCUGAGUUUGAGCAUAUCGAAUUCGGUUCAUUUGGAGAUUCCACAUUGUGUUCUUCUCCAGAAUUGCCUAGAUCAUACGUGGAAAAUGUGGAGAGGAAGAAGGGUCUUAAGCUGUUAUCUGUCUCAGGUUCCCGAUCCAGAGUAGCCCCUGUAAAUGCUGAAGCAUCAGGAACUGUUUCAAAGACUCGCCCAUUUAGCAUUGGUUCUUCUUUGGAGAUGAAUAUGCUGAGAAAUUAUGAUAAGACUUCAAUGGAUUUUGGAAAAGAGGACACAUCGACAAAAGGAAAAGAAAAUACUGAUUCUUUGGUCUCUGAUGUGAAAUUGUCAAAAGUUUUACCAAGAGCAAAAUCUGUUAGAACAAUCAGAAAUAGUGGAUAUGUUGUGGAUGAAAUGAAAAGGGAGAAACCUUCAAGUCAAAUAGACGACAAGGUUGAAAUUAUGCAUGACAAAUUUGAACAGGAUACAUUGGUGAAAAGAGGAAGGACAAUAGAAGAGCUUGAAGACCCACCAAUCAACACUAGAAACCAAGAUUUUAAUGGUGGGUGCCCUGCACCAAACGUGUCACUCCCUUGCUCCAGCUCAUCACCGGCAAUCUGUUCAGAUAUCCAAACUCAACGACGGGAUAUCAACACCAGGGUUGCUCCUAAAUGUCAGAAAGGAGGAAUACUAGACUUUGAUGACCCUAAUGAGGUAGAGUGGGUUGCUCCUAAUUAUCAGAAAGGAGGAAUACAAGACUUUGAUGACCCUAUUGAGGUAGAGAGUGAAGAAGAUUUGGGAAGUGCGUUUGACACGAGCUCAGAUUCGGAAGAUGCUGGAACUUUCCUUGAUGAUAAUUCAGAGCUUGAAGGAAGUGAAGUUGACAGGAAAGCUGGUGAGUUUAUAGCAAAGUUUAGAGAGCAAAUUAGGCUUCAGAAGAUUGCAUCUGCUAAAGGAAACAGUGGUUGUUAG